AUGGCGGACCGGCGGCGGCGGCAGCGCGCAUCGCAGGACACCGAGGACGAGGAGUCUGGUGCUUCGGGUUCUGACAGUGGAGGGUCGCCGGCGCGGGGUGGCGGGAGCUGCAUCGGCAACGUUGGAGGCGGAGGCAGCGGCUCUCUUCCAUCCCAGCGCGGAAGCCGGGUCGGGGCCCUCCAUCUGCGGCGGGUGGAGAGCGGGGGUGCCAAAAGCGCCGAGGAAUCGGAGUGUGAGAGUGAAGAUGGCAUUGAGGGCGAUGCUGUUCUCUCAGAUUAUGAAAGUGCCGAAGACUCAGAAGGAGAAGAAGGGGAAUACAGUGAAGAUGAAAACUCUAAAGUAGAGCUGAAAUCAGAAGCCAAUGAUGCUGCUAAUUCAUCAGCAAAAGAAGAGAAGGGAGAAGAAAAGCCUGAUAAUAAAGGCACGAUCACUGGAGAGCGGCAGAGCGGGGAUGGGCAGGAGAGCACAGAGCCUGUGGAGAACAAAUUGGGGACGAAGGGCCCAAAGCAUUUAGAUGACGAUGAAGAUCGGAAGAACCCAGCAUAUAUACCCCGGAAAGGGCUCUUCUUUGAGCAUGAUCUUCGAGGACAAACUCAGGAGGAGGAAGUUAGACCCAAGGGGCGUCAGCGGAAGCUAUGGAAGGAUGAGGGUCGCUGGGAGCAUGACAAGUUCCGGGAGGAUGAACAGGCUCCCAAGUCCCGACAGGAGCUCAUUGCUCUUUAUGGCUAUGACAUUCGCUCAGCUCACAAUCCUGAUGACAUCAAACCCCGAAGAAUUCGGAAACCCAGAUUUGGGAGCCCUCCACAAAGAGAUCCAAACUGGAUUGGUGAGCGGCCAAACAAGUCCCAUCGCCACCAGGGUCCCGGGGGUACCCUGCCACCAAGGACAUUUAUUAACAGGAAUGCUGCAGGUACUGGCCGAAUGUCUACACCCAGGAAUUACUCUCGAUCUGGGGGCUUCAAGGAAGGCCGUGCUAGUUUUAGGCCUGUAGAGACUGGUGGGCCACAUGGUGGCCGGUCUGGUGAGACUCUGAAGCAUGAGACUAGUUACCGGUCCCGGCGGCUGGAACAAGCUCAUCUGAGAGAUCCUUCCCCAGAAGCCGAUGCUCAAGUGCAUGGCAAUCCUGAAAAGGAAGAGGCCGCCUUAGAGACAUCAACUCCUGCUCCUGACACUGUACCUCCAGCUCCUGACAGGCCCAUUGAAAAGAAAUCCUAUUCCCGGGCAAGAAGAACCAGAACCAAAGCUGGAGAUGCAGUCAAGAUUGCAGACGAGGUGCCUCCUCCACCUGAAGGACUAACCCCGGCACCAUCAGUCCCAGAAACUACCCCUCCUCCACCUGCUAAGACUGGAAACUGGGAACCUCCAGUGGAUUCUACUACAGGUGGACUUGAGCAAGAUGUGGCACAACUAAAUAUAUCAGAACAGAAUUGGACUCCAGGGCAGCCUUCAUUCCUGCCACCACGGGAACUUCGGGGUGUGCCCAACCACAUCCACAUGGGAGCCGGACCACCACCGCAGUUUAACCGGAUGGAAGAAAUGGGCGUCCAGGGUGGUCGAGCCAAACGCUACUCAUCACAGCGACAAAGACCUGUGCCAGAGCCUCCCGCGCCCCCCGUACAUAUCAGUAUCAUGGAAGGGCAUUACUAUGAUCCACUGCAGUUCCAAGGACCAAUCUAUACCCAUGGUGACAGCCCUGCCUCACUGCCUCCUCAGGGCAUGAUUGUGCAGCCAGAAAUGCAUCUUCCCCACCCAGGUUUACAUCCCCACCAGACACCAACGCCUUUGCCCAAUCCAGGCCUCUAUCCCCCACCAGUGUCCAUGUCUCCAGGACAGCCACCACCGCAGCAGUUGCUUGCUCCUACUUACUUUUCUGCCCCAGGCGUCAUGAAUUUUGGUAAUCCUAGUUACCCUUAUGCUCCAGGGACACUGCCUCCCCCACCACCGCCUCAUCUGUAUCCUAACACACAGGCCCCAUCACAGGUAUAUGGAGGUGUGACCUACUAUAACCCUGCCCAGCAGCAGGUACAGCCGAAGCCCUCCCCACCCCGGAGGACUCCCCAACCAGUCACCAUUAAGCCCCCCCCACCUGAGGUUGUAAGCAGGGGUUCCAGUUAA